AUGACAACUCACGGCAAAAGCUUGGGGAAAAAUCGGAGGCUUUUGCAUUUGCUGCCGGCCGGCUCAUUAAAAAGCACCAUAUUUGACAACUUGAUUGCUUCUUUGAAUUGGACCGCUUUGUCUCCCCGAGAAGAUACAGGGAGCAAAAGCAACUUGACAACCAGUUGGAAUAUGAAAAGGUCACAUUGCAUGACAAGUAUUUUUCAAGUUGACGGCAAACAAUUAAAAGAUACAGUACCUUAUCAGGAAUUUGACAAGGAGGCUACAGGAAACAAGAAAUGGAUGGGCAUGGGAGUUGUUGUUGGCAUUGUUGCAGCAGCCUUUGGCUUAAUACUACACCCUUUUGAAAGCACAAUGACAGAAGUGGUUCAAGAAAUGGCGUUACAGGCUGCUCAACAUGCUGUGGUGUCAGUUUUGACAGCAAUGGCUACAUCAGUGGGUGCGGGUAUAGUUGGACCUGUCACUGAAGCCAUUGCUAGGGAUUUGACAGGGAUGCAGACGGGAAUUGUUGUGGAAAUUGUUGCCAUGGCUAAGGUAAUGGUUUCCAUGGGUGUUGUGAUUUCAAACAAGGCCACUCUUUUGACAAUUUUUCAGCCGCAACAUUCCUAA